GAGGUUCGGGCUAAGAUUCACACCAGCGCCACACAGGAACACACACAUACAGAGGGGCGAGGAAAUAAAAGGACAUCCAACAUAGCAGUGACAAGAAGAGAGUUCAAUUGAGUUCGAUUAGUUGCAGAUUUUCAGCACACAUAUUGGUCCUACAUUCUCUCUCCUUACACUGACAGAGUAACAUUGACUUGUUGUAUCCCACUUUCUGGACCGAGAGGAACACAAACCCACCUAGGUAGUUGUGUGUGUGGGCUGAGCUGAGGGAUGUCUGUGUCUGUGUCUCUGUGGUGUGAGGAGGAAGUCCGAGGCCAGCAAGGCCAGGGAGCCCAGCAGGGCCAGGCCAGGGGCCAGUCACAGCUCCGGGCCCCCUGGGACCCCAGRGUGUCUGGGCAGCGGAUCAUCCAGAGGCUGCUACAGGUGGAGGAGAGAUAUCUGCCCUCCGGCCUCUACGUCGCCCUCAUCCAGAGAGAGCCGGAGCGCAGAGAGGAGCUCGCCAAGUGGGCUAUGGAAGUAUGCUGUGAGCGUGGCUGUGACGAAACAGUGUUUCCCCUGUCUGUCUCUAUGUUGGACCGCUUCCUGUCUGCCUCCCUGUCUCUCCCUGUCUCACCCUACUGCCUGGCUGCAGCCUGCAUCCUCAUCGCCUCCAAACUAACAGAGUGUGACACAAUCUCUGCUGACUCUCUUUGUGCUGCAGCUGAGUACAGCUUCCUGCCCUCCAACAUACGGGAGAUGGAACGUGUCAUCCUUGCGACUCUUCGAUGGGACGUUGCUGCGGUAACCCCUCAGGACUUCAUUCCACAUUUCCUUCCCCCUGUAGGGGAGAGGAAGGAUGGAAAGACAGACACAGAGGAGUUCUUCUCCACACUGCGUCGGCAUAGUGACACCCUGGUUGCCAUGUGUGUCUGCGACUACCGUUUCCUGGGAGCCCCUCCAUCCCUGGUUGCUGCGGCAGUGCUGAACUCUGCCCUCCGGGGGUUGGGCAACAAGGGUCCAGGUCAUCUGGGUCAUAUGAGUGCUACACUGGCAGAACUGUGUCAGACUGACCUGGUGAGUGCCUAGCAGUAGCUCUAAUAUCUCUACAUAAAAUAUCUCAACAUAUCGGUUGUAUUACAGCCAGGAUCUGCAGUUCAACUCUAUUCAAUAGCAAUGAUGAAUGAAAGACUGAUUUAGAGGUGAAAAUGGGAAAGAAAGGACCACUGACCUAAGUGUUUGAGUUACAGAUUGGUUGUGACCUAAGUGUUUGAGUUACAGAUUGGUUGUGACCUAAGUGUU